AUGAAUUUACAUCUUGCAGAUGAACAUGACAUAGUAAAAUUUCAAAAAAACCAGAGCAAUACAAAAGGUUCUCAGCAAACUAUUACUAGUAUACUACAAUGUGUUGUCUCUCACAAAGGAAUUAAAAAGCUUAAUAUUUGUCAUGCUGUUGCAGAAUGGCUUUCAAUGCUGUACUCUCAUACUGGUCAUGCUAUUAAGGAAUUUCUUAUUAAUAAAGUCCAAGAAUUUAAUUUACAAAAUAAAAUUCUUUGUAUUGUUACUGAUAAUGAUAGUAACAUGGCAAAGCAUCAACAAAUUAUCCAUAUACAAAAUUUGGUUAAAUUUUUUGAUUCACCUAAACAAAGUCAGAGAUUAGACAUCAUACAAAUUGAAGCACAUAAAAAAAAACAGAAAAAAAUAUUUUGUAAUAACCCAAAUUCAUCCGAUAAAUCUGAAAAUAAUAGUAAUUUUGAAGAUGAGGAGGAGGCAAUGAAGGUUCAUUAUGCAAAAAAUAUAGAUUCUAAUGAAUAUGACUAUAAUAAUGCUGAAGGUCUCCAAGAAACACCUAAUUAUGAUUUGGAGUCUAAUUCUUUAGAUGAUGAAAAUAAAAACAUACAAAAUAUCAUAUAUAACUCACUUUUUGAAUAUUGGGAUCACCUAUCACAAAUUUGCCUUCUCGCAAUAUUAUUAGACCUCUGGCUAAAAGAAAUGACUUUUGCAAAUGAAGAAACUCAUAAUAAUACCAUUAAUGAAUGUAGAUUUCAACUUCAUCAACUAAUGAAUAUACAAUUACCAAUAUCAAAUAAACACGCUACUUCAUCUAGCUCAAAAAAUCUCUCUCCUAAUAAUAUGUUUAAGGAUCUUAUAUUCAGUAAUACUCAAAGAUCACAAGAAUUUACAGAUGAAUUAGAUUUUUACCUUGACUUUAGGCAAACACCAUUAGCCUCUUCUGAUGCAAAUCCUCUCUUAUGGUGGUAA